AUGGAUCGUCGACUCGUACAAACGGAGGGUUUGUAYGAGGAGUCUUGUCGUGCUGUUGCAGUUSCUGGUGACUUGUUGGCAAUUAUGUCUUAUGUUAAUGAAAACGAAAAGAAAUUUGUGGAAAGAUUUUCACAAGUAGUUUCAAUUACAUUUGUAUCAGCAGAUCCGGAUUUAAGAAUUGGAGKCAUUAAGAUGAUCAAAUGGGCUGAAGUAAAAUUACAAGCACUUGGAGCGACUACUGAACUUUGUGUCAUUGGCGAACAGGUAUUAAGUGGCAAAGUUGUGGCUCUACCCCCUGUUUUAAUUGGCUUACUAGCCGACAUAUCUGACGGACGGGAUAGUGAACCAUUUAUCUUAGCUGAAAGAAACAAUAAAUUAUUUGGAAGAGGGUCUACGACGAUAAAGACCCAGUCCUUGAAUAGCUUCAUGAUGCUAUUGAAGCAUUCCAAAAUACAGGAACUGACUUGCCUGCUGAUCUUAAAGUUAGAACAAUAA